AUGAGAAAGAGGUUUUGUUUAGAGUUAUGGGGUGUUGUAAACAACGCCGGAAUUUUUUCCUGUUAUGGUCCUGACGAUUGGACUUCACUUGAGGACUACAAGAGAGCAGUGGACGUAAACACCUUUGGAGUGAUACGCGUUACUCAUGCAUUCAAGAAGUAUGUCAAGAAAGCAGAGGGACGUAUCGUUACGGUAACCUCGGUUAACGGCAGAUUAUCCUCACCUGGGAGUGGACCCUAUGUAGUUAGCAAAUUCGGAGCCGAGGCUUAUAUGGAUGCGAUAAGGCAGGAACUGUAUGCGAUGGGAGUGAAGGUCUCCAUUCUUGAGCCAGGGAUCUUCAGAACACCGUUGAUCAAUGAGAAAGCCAUGCUAGACCGGAUUGAAUCGGUAGGUGGCUGGCUAAGAAGAUCCCCUGUAUUACAAAUAUUUUCCAAGAACGCUGUAGUGAAUUGA